AUGGCGAGUAGAACACUCAAAAAAUCGGCGUCAGCCAUCUCGGACACUCUCCGAAGAACGUUCUCAACGAAGACGUGGGAACAUCGAGAACAGCUUCACACACUUCAAGAAGACAAUAAAUUCUUCCUGAAAAAAGUGCGAUGGCAGAUUGCCUUCUUGGCUCAUAUAGGUUUUGCAAUUUCUUUUGGAAUUCGAUCGAAUUUCGGUGUGGCGAAAAAUCGAAUGGUUAACAAUUUUACGGAUGCUUACGGAGAAGUUCAUGAAAAAGAAUUUUUCUGGACGGGUACUGAAGUUGGAAUGAUGGAGUCCUCUUUCUUCUAUGGAUACGCUGCCUCUCAAAUCCCCGCCGGAGUCCUUGCUGCCAAAUUUUCUCCCAACAAACUCUUCAUGCUAGGAAUUCUCGUAGCCGCUAUUCUCAACGUUUUGACUGCAGUUUCUCUGAAAUUCCAUCCAUUCACUGAUAUCUUUGUCAUGUGUAUUCAAACAUCUCAAGGACUUGCUCUCGGCGUCUGUUAUCCAGCAAUGCACGGAGUUUGGAAAUUCUGGGCGCCACCUCUGGAGAGAUCUAAACUGGCGACGACUACAUUCACAGGAGCAUCGAUUGGAGUCAUGGUUGGACUACCAGCAUCGGCUUAUCUCGUCUCUCAUUUCCACUGGAGUGCUCCAUUCCACGUUUUCGGAGUUCUAGGAAUCAUAUGGGCGUUUGCAUGGAUGUAUGUGGCAGGUGAUAGUCCGGCGACUCAUAGAUACAUUGCAGAGGAUGAGAAAAAGUUUAUCACUGAUAAAGUUGGAACAGUAGCUGUUAAGAAUAUGACUCUAACCACAUUGCCAUGGCGGGACAUGAUGACUUCUACUGCUGUCUGGGCUAUCAUCAUUUGCUCGUUCUGUCGAUCAUGGAGUUUCUUCUUGCUUCUCGGAAACCAGCUAACAUAUAUGAAGGACGUUCUUCACAUUGAUAUCAAAAAUAGUGGACUCAUUGCGAUUUUCCCCCAACUUGGAAUGUGUAUUGUCACUCUCUCCUCUGGCCAACUCUCUGAUUACCUCCGAUCUUCUGGAAAAAUGAGCACUGAAGCCGUCCGUAAAUCUGUGAACACGUUUGGAUUCGGAGUCGAAGCUAUCAUGUUGGGAUGUUUGGCUUUCAUUAGAGACCCCGUUAUUGCUGUUACCUGUUUAAUUAUCGCUUGUUCUGGAGCGGGUGCAGUUCUUUCUGGAUUCAACGUCAAUCAUUUUGAUAUUGCUCCAAGAUAUGCUCCAAUUUUGAUGGGUAUUUCCAAUGGAUUAGGAGCUAUUGCAGGAGUUGGAGGAAUCGCCACAAAUUCGAUGACUUUUGAGAAUCCCGACGGCUGGAAGUGGGUGUUCCUAUUGGCCAUGUCCAUCGACAUUUGUGGAAUCAUCUUCUUCCUUGUCUUCGCUAAAGGAGACGUUCUGCCAUGGGCUCGUGAGCCAGAAAAGGAGGAGACAUUCAACGAAUUCGUGCGACGAAUGUCAACCAUGGUCAGAAGUUUGUCAAAAAGAACAAGGAGUCGCAGUACUGAUACCAACUAUGCAAAAAUGGAAGAAGAACGUGUGAACUCUUCAGAAAUGAAGGCGUGCAGCAAAACAACAGAAAACGAGGUUUCACCAUCCGAAGAUAAUGUACUAAACGAGACGCAAGCAGUCGGUGGAAAUUUAGAAGUUGUUCCAGAAGAACCAUCGCAAAAGAAUCUGAAAACGGAUAGACCUGAAGUUUAG